AUGGUUUCUCAAGACCAAAGUAAGGACUCUGGCUCCAAAAAAAAUGGAGGUAAGGAGCUUGGAAUGGUAACUCCUCAAGACAAGCCCUUGAAGAAGAUGAAGUUUGUUUCAUCUGCUGAGACAGAACCAAGCAGCACGACAACAAUUUCUGAGGAUUCAAAGUCAGGUCGAGGUAUGAGCACAAUGCCUCGUGUUGUGAAGAGAAAAUUGCAGAAAAUCAAGCCAGUUGUUGAGUACAAUAAAAGGGGGAAAGGAUGUGGCCCUGCACAUACUGAGAUGCAGUCCUACAUUGGUGUGUUGGCACGCUCCAGAGUCCCACUUGUGGACAAGAAAUGGGCUGAAAUCCCCAAGGAUAUAAAGGAGCAGAUUUGGGAAGCCGUUGACAUGGCUUUUGUGGUAGGUCAAGGGGGCAAGACCUCGGUGUUAUCUUCUGCUGCCAAGAAAUGGAAGGAUUUCAAGUCUACACUGACGAGGCAUUAUAUCCUUCCAUACAUCAAGGAGAGGGAGAAAUUAAGCCAACCCCCUGAAGUAUAUAAAUUCAUAGAGAAAGCAGAAUGGGAUGCCUUUGUAGCUUCAAGGUUAUCCAAAGAAUUUGAGUCUGUGCAUUCUCAACAUUCACAGAUUAGGGAGAAACUUGAGUACAAUCAUCGAUUGUCUCGAAAAGGAUAUGCUGGUUUGGAGGAUCAAUUGGAGGAAACCAUGCCUGGGGUAGAAAUUGAUCGAUCUACCUUAUGGAAGAAAGCUAGACAGGACAAACAUGGUAACAUCCCGGAUCCAAAGGUGGCAGAGAAAGCAAAAUUAAUUGAUGAAUUGCAAAAACAAGUGGCUGAAGGCAGUCUGAGUUUAACUGGCAGUAAUGAUGUGUUGACCUUGGCUUUGGGUCCCGAGCAUCCAGGGAGAGUAAGAGGGGUAGGUGCUGGGAUUUCCCCUAGGCAAUUCUUCAAUUUACCUAGACCACAGAGGGUAAAGUUUGCCGAUCAAUUGAAGGAAAGUGUAAGAAUUGUCCUUCAAGAAGAGACUAAGAAGAUGGAAGCUAGAACCAAACAAUUAGUAGAGGCUGAGAGGGAACAUUUACUAAGUCAGCUUUCCCACCUCAUCCCCAAUUUUGAUCCAAGCAUGCUUAAACCGAAAACUAGCCCCUGUCAAAACCAAGGUCUACAGCAAAGUCCCAAAAUCCAAUGUCUGAUAAAGCAAGCUAAAUCUGGGGCUUUAGAUAAUCAAGAUGAAGAGAAGAAAGAAGAAAAUAAAGAUGAACAGAAGAUGGGAGAAAAAAAAGAUGAAGGGAAGAAGGAAGAAAAAAAAGAGAAAAAAGAUGAAGGCAAAAAGGAAGACACAAAUGAUGAAGAGAAGAAAGAAGAAAAACAAGAUGAAGAAAAGCAUGACGAGGAGGGUAAUGAAGUAGUUGAUUAUUCAAAUGUGGAGGUGCCAUCUUCCUUACAAUCCCUUUGUGGUUAUGUGGAAACUACACUAAAGCCACAGGGGAAGAUCAUGACCUUCAACAUUGAGAAGGAGGUGUUUGGUGCAGAUCGAAGUACCUUCGUCUUGCAUGAAGAUAUUACACAGUUUGCAGGCAUGGAAGAAAUUGGGGCUACUGUGGUUGCAGUAUAUAUGAGGUGCUUAUAUGAUCUUUUGAGAGAAGCAAAUAUGUGCAGCAUGGUUGGCUUUAUCGACCCUGCUCAAGUUAGUGCCAACGCUGGGUCACUAACUGACAGAUCACGAAUUGUAGCCAGUCGACUUCAGAAAACAGAUGGUGAACAGAUUUUCAUGAUGCCUUACAAUCCAGGCCGUCAUUGGGUCUUGCUGAUUGUGAGGGCAAAGAGGGAAACCGUCUAUUUUCUGGAUCCUCUGCCUGGAAAUCGUGUGGUUGAUGAGGAGGGCAAAAACAUCGUGAACAGUGCUUUAAAAAUUUAUAAUUCCCACAUAGGCAGACCAGGCCGUAAAGCACCAAUUUGGAAAACUCUGCCAGGCACACCAAAGCAACCCAGCAGUGUCGAAUGCGGGUAUUAUGUGAUGCGCUUCAUGAGGGACAUCAUCAUGGAUCCUUCCUUGGAGUUUGAGAAGAAGUUUGCCAAGGGAAAAGAUCAAGCGCCAUACCCCCAAGCAGCCAUUGAUGAAGUCAGGAAAGAAUGGGCAGAGUUUGUUUGCCUUCAUAUGGAUUAG